AUGACUUGGGGGUUUGUAACAUGCGGGCCUAACGAGGCGCUUGUUGUCUCCGGAUGCUGUUACUCAAAGCCACUGCUGGUGCCGGGUGGGCGUGCAUUUGUUUGGCCAGCUAUACAGAAUGUGCAACGAAUCUCCUUGAACACUAUGACCCUACAGGUGGAAUCCCCAACUGUUUAUACCAGUCAGGGUGUUCCUAUAUCUGUGACGGGAAUAGCACAGGUCAAAAUUCAAGGUCAAAACGCUGAGAUGCUGCUCUCUGCGUGCGAGCAGUUCCUUGGCAAGAGUGAGCAAGAGAUCCAACAUAUAGCCCUGGUGACACUGGAAGGUCAUCAGCGUGCUAUUAUGGGCUCCAUGACGGUAGAAGAGAUAUAUAAAGACAGAAAGAUCUUUUCUAAAAAGGUGUUUGAAGUGGCUUCAAGUGACCUCAUCAAUAUGGGUAUCACCGUAGUGUCUUACACGCUGAAAGACAUCAGAGAUGAAGAGGGGUAUCUGAAAGCGCUUGGUAUGGCGCGUACAGCAGAAGUGAAGCGUGAUGCUCGUAUUGGUGAGGCCGAGGCACAAGCAGAAGCCAAGAUAAAGGAGGCAAUGGCUGAGGAACAACGCAUGGCUGCCAGGUUCCUCAACGAUACGGAAAUCGCGAAAGCUCAGAGAGAUUUCGAAUUGAAGAAAGCCGCCUACGACGUUGAAGUUCAAACAAAGAAGGCUGAAGCAGAGAUGGCCUACGAACUCCAAGCGGCUAAAACAAAACAACGCAUCAAGGAAGAACAAAUGCAGAUAUCUGUUGUUGAACGUACUCAGGAAAUUGCUGUACAGAAAUGGGAAGUACAGCGUAAGGAAAAAGAAUUAGACGCAACUGUGCGCAGGCCUGCAGAAGCCGAGAAGUUCAAGCUGGAGAAAUUGGCUGAGGCUCACAAGCUAAAAACCGUGCUUGAGGCUGAAGCGGAAGCCGAGGCUGUGAAAGUCCGCGGAGAGGCGGAGGCAUACGCUAUCAAGGCAAAGGCAGUCGCUGAUGCGGAACAAAUGGCUAAGAAAGCGGAGGCGUGGAAAGAGUACGGCUCAGCUGCCAUGGUCGACAUGAUGCUCGAGACUUUACCUAAGGUGGCCGCCGAGGUAGCAGCUCCGUUGUCACAAGCCCGUAAGGUCACCAUGGUUUCCUGCGGCGGCGGUGAGGUCGGCGCUGCUAAACUUACCGGAGAAGUCCUCAAUAUUGUACAAUGCAUCCCUGAACUUGUCAAGGGAGUUACUGGAGUUGACAUCUCCAAGGCUGUCGUGGAACCGCCAACGUUACCGACGCCGACCGCCCGCGGCGACUCGGCGAGAAAGCAGCGAUAA